GCCCGGUGGGGCUGGAGGGGCGACGCCGUUUGUCAUGUGGUAUAAAAGCGGCGGCCGGGGCUGCAGCCCUCACACUUGGCUUUCUUCCAUCGGGACGGCAACACCAUGAACUGCAAAGCGAUCCUCGCCGUGGCGCUCGUCGCCCUCGUGGCGAUCCAGGCUGGCGCCCACCCUCUGACCAAGCGCUCCUGCGCUUGCAACCUGAAGGGCAGCGAUGUCUGCGGCAGCCCCAGCUGCAUCCCCUCCAACGUGCCCCGCCCCGUCAGGCAGAGGACCCCCGUCGGCCUGCAGCGCGUCGUCUACCAGAAGUUCGCCCCCGUCGAGUUCAACCCCAGGAACGUGUGCACCUGCGAGGGUGGUCUGGUGACCGCCCCCGAGAUCCCCCGCGUGGCCUGCAAGGUCCACUCCGGCGGCAACGCCCGCCAGGCCCCCUCCUACCCCGUUGAGGGCAGCCUCGCCCAGACCCUGGGUCUCGGUGGUGACGACUGCGGCGACGCUCCCGUCAACCCCUGCGAGGAGAGCUACUCCGCCCCCGCCCCCGUCAGGACCUACGUCGUGCCCGCCGAGACUCUGCCCGCUGAGGAGCUGAUCGAGGAGGUGCCCACCCCCCAGGGCCCCGCCCCCGUCGCCGCCGACGCCGUGUCCCUGGCCCUCGCCUACGACCUGGCCACCCGCCAGCAAAAGAACAUCGCCGAGGAGAACCUCGCCUUCGGACACAUGCAGACCCCCAAGGACGGCCGCGUCGUCAUCAAGAAGAGGAUCGUCCCCGAGGGUGGCCUGUACGCCGUCCGCAACCAGAUCGUCGAGCUGAAGGCCCCCGGCGGCUUCGGCCGCUCUUGCGAGGACGAGGCUGAGGCCUCCCUCAUCGCCGCCCAGCAGGCGUCCUGCAACGACAACGAGGAGUCCUCCUACGGCGCCCCCCUGCCCUCUUACCGCGACCUCGGCUUCGCCCCCGUCAACGGUGACUGCAAGUUCGUCCCCGGCCAGUACCAGCCCAACCCCGCCGUGAUCCAGACCGUCGAGUACUCCGUGCCCGCCCCCCGCGCCAAGCCCGCCGGCCCCGUCUACACCCCCUGCGACGCUCUCGCCUCCGUUGAGCGCGGCCGCGGCAGCCAGGGCAUCGACUACUACGCCGCUGGCAACGCCGGCGCCAACGAGGAGAUCGUCGAGGCCGAGGCCCCCGCCUGCGCCGAGUCCGGCUCUUCCUACGGCUCCGAGGGCUCCUACUCCGCCGGCCUGACCUACGGCGCCGGCCCCGUCGAGGCCCCCGCCCGCCACACCGGCCGCCCCGGCUGCUCCUGCGGCUGCGGCUACUAAGCCAACCCCGUGUUGAAGGCUCCACCAGCCUGACUGACACACAGCACCGGCCUCAUGAAAGCUCUACAUGAUCCGUGCAUCACCCCAUCAACCAUACCGGUAUUUUCGUCUCAAAAUUAUUUCUUUCUAAAUUCGUCUAAAAUUUUGAUCCUUUGAUGUUGUUUGUCUGGAAAAUUAAGGGGUGUCCUUUGUGGCACCCAUCUUUCAAAAUUCAUUUUGGCACCUUUUGGUUUAAAUCAACUGCGUGAGUCAGUGACUUGCGCCGAAUAUUUAUAAAAUCGUUUUCGUUCCUCUUUUUUGCUUUUAUGAAAUUCAAAAUUAAUCCAACAGUUUUCUUUUGAUAUAACGUUCGAAAUUUCUCGCUAAAUUCCAAAUUUUUAUGCCUCGACACUGAAAAUUUCUUUCCGACUUUGUGUUGUCUAAAUUCCGUUUGGCAAAUAUUCGUUUCUAAAUUGUCUUCAGCUGAGAAGGGUGGUUUUCUUCACCUUCCAUGUCAAGGGACAUUUUUUGGCCUGAUCGGAUGCAGUUUUGAUCACAUCUUGAUCCAAAGACGCAUUGCUGUCCUUGAAUUCAGACGUGCUUCGGAACCCAUCUUGCGAGGUAAAAUUUGCCCCUGGUCAUUGACAGUGUUGAAAUCUUUCUGCAGCGAAGUCACGAGGUAGAGCCAUUUCAAUGUCUAGUUUUUAGAAUUUUUAAAAAUCUUUUGGGUGUUUUCUUUCGGUACUUUUAAUCAAAAUUCCAAAUUUGCAUUCCCUAGUCAAUCGGGUUCUAAAUUUUGUUCCCAAUAUUAGGAGUCAAAAAUAGUUUUUAAUACUUUGUGUAAAUGUUAAAUUUGUGUGAAAGGAUGUAUAAAUAUUUAAAUUGUGAGAAUGAUAAGUAAUUUAUAAUUUAGAUACCAAGUGUGAAAUUAGCUAAUUUCCCAUCUUACUCUUGCGCGCAUUAGUACUCCAUUGUUGCAUAUCUGCAAUAGAACUGAAAUUUUUGUGAUGUUUUUAGAUAUAACCUAGAUAAGAAAUUGUGUACAGUUUAGUCAACCUCUUUAUCUUAAAAUUGCUGUGCUGUUAGAAGGUUUACAAUUUGUGCAUUAUCAUGCAUGUAAUGCCGUCCCGAGGUCUGAAAGCUGAAGCCAACAGUACCUGUCUGUGUGCUCAUUUGAGAGAGCAGAGAGUGAAGACGAAAAGAUUCCUCGUCUCAAGGAGAAUAAAAUCAACUCCAUUUCAAGUGAAAA